UAUUGCUCUGUUCUUUCUGCAAGUUUUCUUUCCACAAGCAAAGAAAGCUUUGACUUCCUCUUUUUAUAGCAAGUAUAAGAAGGACAUGCCAAUACGAAUUCUUGGAGGUUUUGUUGGGAUUUUGGCAAGGUGUUUUCCAUGUCUUCAGAGAGACUCAUUGCUGGUGAUGCUAUGCGGUCUGACGAGACAAUGCACAAUCCAACAGCGGCCUUGCCAUGGUCCGGUUCUUUCAGACAAUGUGGCGAAAAUGAUUCAAUUUUCGAAGAACUUCCCAAGGCAAUGAUUGUAUCAGUUUCCAGGCCUGAUACAGGAGACAUGAGUCCCAUGCUCCUGUCUUACACCAUUGAAGUUCAAUACAAACAGUUCAAGUGGCGAUUGCUGAAGAAGGCUUCGCAAGUUCUCUAUCUACACUUCGCAUUGAAGAAACGUGUCAUUAUCGAGGAGUUUCACGAAAAACAGGAACAGGUUAAAGAAUGGCUUCAAAGCUUAGGAAUAGUUGACCAGGUAGCAGUAGUGCAAGAUGAUGAUGAACCUGAUGAUGGAGCCAUUCCUUUACAUCACGAAGGAAGUUCGAGAAACAGAAAUGUUCCAUCUCUUGCUGCUUUGCCUAUUCUUCGUCCAACACUAGGAGGGCAGCAAAUCGUUUCGGACAAAGCCAAAGUGGCAAUGCAAGGUUAUUUGAAUCAUUUCCUGGGAAACAUGGAUAUAGUAAAUUCUAGAGAGGUUUGCAAAUUUUUGGAGGUCUCUAAAUUGUCAUUUUCAUGGGAAUAUGGUCCAAAGUUAAAAGAAGGUUAUGUUAUGGUGAAGCAUCUAUCACAAGUCUCUGGAGAUGACGAUAUUGGAUGUUUUCCAUGCCAGUGGUUUAGUUGCUGGAAUAACAGUUGGAAAAAGGUGUGGGCAGUUCUAAAGCCAGGGUUUUUGGCAUUGCUUGAAGAUCCUUUUGACACAAAACUCUUAGACAUAGUUGUUUUCGAUGUCCUACCAAUGUCAAAUGAAGAUGUGAAGUCCCCGGUGUAUUUAGCAGACCAGAUAAAGGAACGUAAUCCUUUGUUCUAUGCAUUUAAGGUCUCUUGUGGAAGUCGGAGCAUAAAUUUGAGAGUUACAAGUAAUGGUAAAGCCAAAGAAUGGGUUGCUGCAAUUAACUAUGCAGGCAUAAGGGCCCCUGAUGGCUGGUGUUAUCCUCACCGCUUUGGUUCCUUUGCUCCUCCAAGAGGUUCGAAUGAAGAUGGGAGUCAAGCUCAAUGGUUUAUUGAUGGUAAAGCUGCUUUUGAAGCAAUAGCUGCUUCAAUAGAGAAGGCAAAAUCAGAGAUAUUCAUAACUGGCUGGUGGCUCUGCCCAGAGCUGUACCUGAGACGCCCUUUUCAAAGUAAUUCUUCCUCUCGGCUUGAUGAACUACUAGAAGCAAAAGCCAAGCAAGGAGUUCAGAUUUACAUUCUUCUCUACAAGGAGGUUUCUAUUGCUUUGAAAAUCAAGAGUUUGUACAGCAAGAAAUUGCUUCGUAACAUUCAUGAGAAUGUGAGGGUGCUGCGCUAUCCUGACCAUUUGUCAACAGGCAUAUAUUUAUGGUCCCAUCAUGAGAAACUUGUUAUUGUUGAUUACCAGAUAUGCUUUAUUGGAGGUCUAGAUUUGUGCUUUGGACGGUAUGACACCGUUGAACAUAGAGUGGGAGAUUGCCCUCCCUUUACAUGGCCUGGAAAGGACUACUACAAUCCCAGAGAAUCUGAACCUAACUCUUGGGAGGAAUCAAUGAAAGAUGAACUCGAAAGAGGAAAAUAUCCCCGUAUGCCAUGGCACGAUGUCCACUGUGCUCUAUGGGGACCGCCAUGUCGUGAUGUUGCUAGGCACUUUGUACAACGUUGGAACCAUGCCAAGAGAAAUAAAGCUCCACAUGAGCAAACAAUUCCACUACUUAUGCCUCAACACCACAUGGUCCUCCCUCAUUACAUGGGAAAUAGAGAGAUUGACAUUGAAAGUAAGGGAGAGGACCAUCAAAAAGACCUCAGCAGACAGGAUUCCUUUUCCUCACGAUCACCUUUUGAAGAUAUCCCACUGCUUUUGCCCCAGGAAUCUGAUGGACUUGUUGUUUCUAAUGGAGACCAGAAGUUAAAUGGUCUGCCCAGUAAGCAUGAUCCUUUAUCUAAAGAACAUGGAGAUCAUGGAAGCUCUUUAUCUUCCCAUGAUUCUGAAGUUGACUCCUUAGGUUCAGACACACAAAUUAAAGUUACUGCAGAUGACCAUCAUUCCAUGGAUCCUCGAAGUAACCUGGAAUCAAAUGGAAUGCCACAAUCAGACAUGGAAGUUUCAGAUGAAUGGUGGGAAACCACUGUGAAUGAUAAUAAUGAUGCUUCUGCAGACGAAUAUGGAGAAACUGGCCCUCGCACAGCAUGUCAUUGUCAGGUUAUCAGAAGUGUCAGCCAGUGGUCUGCUGGAACCAGUCAAACUGAAGAUAGUAUUCAUAGUGCUUAUUGUUCCCUGAUUGAGAAAGCAGAACAUUUGAUUUACAUUGAGAAUCAAUUUUUUAUAUCAGGUCUUGCAGAAGAUGAGAUUAUACAGAACCGUGUCCUGGAAGCAUUGUACCGGAGGAUUCUGCGUGCAUACAAAGAACAGAAAUGUUUUCGGGUUGUUGUAGUCAUACCACUCUUACCAGGUUUCCAGGGAGGUUUGGAUGAUACUGGUGCAGCAACUGUUAGAGCCUUAGUUCACUGGCAGUAUCGAACAAUUUCCAGAGAGAAAACUUCUAUAUUGCAUAAUCUGAACGCAAAACUUGGCCAUAAAACAUGGGAUUACAUUUCCUUUUAUGGUCUGAGAUCAUAUGGUAGACUUUCUGAUGGUGGUCCUGCAGCUACCAGUCAGGUUUACGUGCAUAGCAAAUUGAUGAUUAUAGAUGAUCGUAUUGCUUUGAUUGGUUCAUCUAAUAUUAAUGAUAGGAGUUUGCUCGGAUCAAGAGACUCUGAGAUUGGAGUAGUCAUUGAAGACAAGGAAUUUCUUGAAUCAACUAUGAAUGGAGAGCCUUGGAAGGCCGGAAAGUUUGCUCAUAGCCUGCGGUGCGCGCUGUGGUCUGAGCACCUUGGCCUUCAUCAAGGAGAGAUCAGUAAGAUUAGUGAUCCUGUGUUGGAACAAACUUACCGGAAACUAUGGCUAGCAACUGCAGAGGCCAAUAGCAUGAUCUUCCAAGAUGUCUUUGCUUGCAUCCCCAAUGAUCUUAUACACUCCAGGUACACUCCUGCAGGCAGAUCCUCUAUUUUUUGUUCUUUAAUCAGAAUCCUUUCUUUCUCAUAUGAUCCGUAUCCUGUCAAACACAGAGCUGCUCUGAGACAAGACAUGGCCUAUUGGAAGGAGAAACUUGGGCACACCACCAUUGAUUUAGGUGUAGCCCCUGAGAAGCUAGAAACCAAAGAGAAUGGAGAGGUUGAAACCGAAGAUCCCAUGGAGAGACUUAAAUUGAUUCAGGGACAUCUUGUUUUAUUCCCUUUGAAGUUCAUGUGUCAAGAAGAUUUGAGACCAGUAUUUAAUGAGAGUGAGUUUUAUGCAUCUCCUCAAGUGUUUCAUUAAGAAUAUCAUAUGGAGCAGUGGCAAUACCACACUCAUAGAUUCCGACAGAAGAAAACAAGGAAUGGAGUAUUGAUUACUAGAAUGCCAUUGAUACCUCUCUGUGCAUAAUCUGUACAUAAUAGGCAAAGAAAAUGGCAAUUUUUUCAGCUGA